GACUUGCCCGGCCACAGUCACAUGACACGCCCUGGAACACAUUUUUACAUGACAAUUCCUGAGAAGUGAGAUAGCACAGCGAGGUAAGUACUUUCACUUUUACUUCUUUCUGCCGACUUUACUUUGCAGCUCAGAGACAGAGGAACAGAGAUGGCUGGAUAUGAGAGACCCGCGGAUCAUGUGAGGGACUAUAUCCGGCGCUUCAGCCUUGAUAACUGCGCUCUUGGGAGCCAGGGCUAUAACCGAGUCCUCCUACAGCUGUUUGGGUAUAUGGGCCAUGGCAAGUCCUCCCUCAUCAACUCAUGCAAGUACGUAUUAGAUGAUGGGGAAUAUCACAUUUAUGCCAAAGCAUCGGCUUCCCAUAAGAGCGUCACUUACAGCAGAACAGCCUACCCCCUCACCGACACCAUCACCAUUGUGGAUAACAGGGGGUGCGCUACGUUCAACGCGUAUGAGACGGGAGAAAUUUACGCCCAGCUGGGUAACUUUAUCCCUCUGAAUCAGAGAGUUGAAUGGACAAAUAACUAUAUACAAAUGAUAAACAGAUUGGAGGACUCAGAAAUGGAUCCUAAUUUCACAGACUUUACUAUUCCCGUGUUUGUUUACAGCGUUAAAAAGGGACUCGCUGAAGGGGAGAAGAAAGAGACUAAAGAGUUCAUUGACAACUGUCGGAAAAUGACAGGAGUUUAUCCAAUUGUGGUUCUGACCAACAAGACCUCUGGUGACUUCCUACAGGCUGAGAAGGAGUUCCUGCUGAUGGGGGUAGAAAAGGUGAUUAAGGUAGAAAACUACACAAGGGAGGAUCAUGGCAGAACCCAAGGGCGCCACAAGGAGAUCCUACACUUUCUCUACAGCGUUCUGGAAGAUGUCAACUUCCAGAUGAGAUAUCGGAAAAACCCAAGGAAAGAGCGGAUUGAGCGCAAGAAAUUUCUGCUAAACUUUCUGCACGAGAGAGAGGUGACUCAAAGAUUGGAGCAAACGAGUAGUCAAGAUAUAAGGAACUAAUAUUAAAUGGUGGACAACUGACCAAACAAAACACUGAUCUGGAGCUUUGGGAGAUUUCCUUCCUUAUAUCAAGUAGACCUGUAAUGGUGCUGGCAGGAAUUGUGCUAUGGUCUUGAUUGUUUUCCACACAUGUUGCCUCCAAGCCAACGGUCCCAACUGCGAUUCCCUGCUUUUUCUUUCCACUCCCUUUAGAAACUCAUGUUGUCAGAAUCCUAGCACCCUAGACAGUGAUCUCCCAAUGGAAAUCAUCAAUGUGCCCAACUUUCAUCAUCACAGAUCUGUUUAUACUAGUGAUGAGCCAGGUUGCCCAAUGCAAAAAUGCCCAUAGACUCCAAAGGCUUCAUAGACACCC